AAGGUUUGUCUAAUACAGUCUUCUGAGGAAGAAGCCCUUCCACCACCUGCACUGCAGUCAAAAAUAAAUGACAUUUUGACUGCUUCACCAAAUAUUGCAGAGGCUGUAAGUUUGCUUGUUUAAAAUUUCUUUUCUCUGAAAUAAAAUUGAAGCAAAGUCUUGUUAACUCCCAGAUAUGCAGUACCUUGUAAGUCAUUUGAAUCAAUUCCCAAUAGGACAGGUAGAAAGCAAACAAGCUGAAUGCAAAGAGGCAAAUAACAGUGGGUCAAGUUGUAUUCUGUCUGUUCUUGCUAUGUUUUUAGGUAGUGGUUGCGCUAUUUCUUCUUCACAAAAUGUGUGAAAAGUUGGACCAUUUUGUCUUGCUCUACCAAAACAAUUAACCCAACCUUAGUCCCCAGGGCUUCACAAUCGUCUUCAAUUUUCUGGCAAUUACUUUGUUCUAUUGACGUCAUUUUCUGUUUCAAGUUGGUCAGUGGUACCUGGUUAUGAAGAAUUAGCCAAUGUGAUUUGAGUCAAUCAGAAACGGAGAAACAUUUUAAUUUAAUUAAUGUUUCAACUUUUUUCUACAUCAGCAUUUUGCAAGCUUCCUUAAUUGCCUGAGAACUAAUGAAUUCAAGGAGGCACUGGACAGCUUGUAUCAUUACUUUGAUCGACAACAAUGGCAAGGUGACUCUUUAGCAAAUAAAGGAGUGGGUGACUCAGAGGAAGUGGAGACGGAACGAUGCCACAGAUUCCGAUACGCUGCUCUCAAUCUAGCUGCUCUUCAUUGUAGAUUUGGUCACAGGUAAUUACUUUCAAGGGUCAAAAACUGUUUACCUCUCAGACAGAAAAAGACGUCACACUGUAGAACACAUUAAUCUUUAUUUUUUUCAAUGUAUCUGAAACUAGUCUAUUGGGAUGAUGUGCUUACUACUGAUUCACUGAUAGCACAUUAAAAAAUAACCUGUGAAUGACGCAAAAAUCAAGAAAAUAUAUAACAGCUAGAAAUACCUAGAUUCAAACUCAGCUUAAACAAUGAACUCGUAAAAAUAUUUGUUUAAGUCCUUUCACAUUUUUUGACUAAUUCAUUUUGCACGCCUAUUUUUACUAUUAUUAUACAUUCUACUCACUAUCUGACUUCUCAUUGGUUAAAGCCGACAUUUAAUUUUGGAAAUUUGCGCAACCUACAGAUUGUAAUCUGUAAUCUGAUUUCCAGGAGGAAUGUCAAACUGUGUUCUGUGUGACGGUGCAUUUGUCAUUAUAUUCUUUAAAACAAAGUAUGAUGAAACAGUCAUCAGAUUCAGUUUUUGUGAUGUCGGGAAUAAUCAAGGUAUCAGUAAGUGAUAUCAGCCUCGGCCUUUGGCUCAGCUGAUAACAGUUACUUUGACCUUGAUUAUCCCAGAUAUCAAAAAAGCCUUAUCUAGUGAUUAUUCUAUAAUGCCAUCUUUUGUUUACUUUGAUGUUCAGGCAAGAGGCAAUGGCAGCAUUAAAGGAGGCCAUUCAAAUUGCACAAGAGACAAAUGACCAUGUGUGUUUAGAACACUGCUUGGUAUGUCAGCAUUUGACUGAAAUCUAUCAGAGAUUUUGUUAAGCAAAACUACAAAGCUAUUUGUUUGUUCAGAAUGACAAAUAACCAGAAAAACUGCAUUGAGGCAAAGAAAUUUGUCUACCAUAUUUACUGGAAAGAGCGGCUUUUUUAUUGUUUUUGUAACUUUCUAGUUGUUGCAAUGCUGAUGUGGCUGACGUUGGUUUUGUUGUUAUACUGUGCAUGUUGUUAUUUCUUUGCUGGACUCGGUAGGGGACAUUAACCUUUAAAACAAACCUUUAUGGGUCAAUGGUAGUAGCUGAUUUGGUAGUGCUGGUUAGUUACAAACAGGACAUUUUAUUAAAGUCCGGUCGUUUGCGCCACAUCAAGUUGUCAAACUUUAAGAGACAACGUGGCUGCUCUAGCCUGUGUACAGACGUCCCGCCUCCCUCAUUUUUUUUUCUGAGGGAGGGGGGAAGUCUGUACACAGGCUAGGCUGCUCUCACAGUAAAUAAUUUCAGUAAACUCUCUAACUUCAUUUUGCAAAAUCCUGAAAGAUGUGCCAGGCAAUAUCAAACAAGUGUAAUGGCAAGAUAUUAAAUUUGACUGGUCACACCAUGACAAAUUAAGAUCUCUAAGUUGUACCUUAUCGAUAUACCAUUUUUUCUUCUUUUUGUUUUGUUUUUCCCUAGGGAUGGCUUUACAGAUUGGAACAAGAGGGUAGUUCUCAAGCAAAGCUUUUGCUGGACAGAUUUGUUGCAAGAGCAGCUGAACUUAAGAUUCCUGUAUGAAGAAAAAUUGAGCUAAUUUUAUAUCAGAUUUUACUCUCAGUUGUACUUUUGUUGGUGUAUUAACAGCUGCGUUCUUUCGCGUACUUUUAAAUUAAAGUGUUAAGUCUCUUUCCUUUUUGAUAAUAUCAUUAGUAUUUAACCUCUCUUGGGAUGCUGAACCACUGUCAGUAUGAUACAAUGGCCGGAGCUCCACCGCCAAAGUGAGUACCUUUAAAACAUUUUUAGUAACGUGCGUGGCAGGUGCCGGUUAGUUUAUUUGGUUAGUUUUUAUAGAGUGCACUAGCCUUCAAAAACAGCCGUUUUUCCUCUUUUUUCGCCGCCGGGAACGUUUCGCGUGGAGGAACGUCUGCGACUCAGCGAGAGGAAUUCCAUACUGAUGACGUAAAAUCUGUCUGGAAUCCGGUCAGAAGCGCUAAUUGGUCGACGGAGUAGUUACAUUGUUUUAGCUAUUAUUUACGAAUGACGAACAAAAGGCCACAAAGGUGAAAUUUGAAAGCGAUGAAUCUCUAACAAAACAGUCAAUAUUUGUGGAAUAUAGUCUUCUCUAGAAGAAGCAUUUGAGUUUUGCUGAAGCUCGUUCGUAGAUCAACACCACACUUUACCAAAACGUAAAUUGAACAAAAUUGUAUUUGCAACCUCAUGACUACUGGAUUUUUUAUGUAAACAUUGAUUUACGUCAUCGGUAUGGAAUUUCUCUCGCUGAGUCGCAGACGUUCCUCCGCGCGAAACGUCCCCAGCGGCGAAGAGCGAGGAGAAGCGGCUGUUUUUGCAGGCUAAGAGUGCACCAGGGGAACAUGAAAUGGGGAGAGAAGGAGGAGAGAAACAGGAAGUAUCGUGGCCUUUUCCGCCCCUCAUGUGCGCAUGCGUCCUCAAAAUUUCUCCCGUCGCCCUGGCUUUCUUAGUCAAAUUCAAUGUACAUAUUCUUAUGUCUUGUUUUCUUUUCUGCCCUAAGUCAACUCUGAUUGGAUGUAAGUCCAAAUUUGUCGUACAGUCUUGAAAUGCUUGCCUUGUAGGCAUGUAGCUAUCAUAGAUGCGCCAAAAAUGCAGAUGGCAGCCACAGAGGUUUGACUGAAAUAAAAUGGGUGAUAAAAUCGUGCUGUUAUGGACUAUCAUUAUUACAAACACUAAUUUGAAGUCCCAAAGGCUCCACAAUAACGGGAGUUGACUACUUGUUAUUCAACUGUUGUUUUGGGUACUAAACUGCAGCAUCUAUCUCCCGUACCACAAUGAGAGUAAACUUGAAUAAGUGCGCACUUUGACUUUUUGUCUCUUUGUAGGGUUUUACAAAACCUUUCUCAAAUCAACAUCAUCAACUCUCAGAAUUCUCUUUCCGAUCUAAUGGCAGCAACUCAUGUACAACAAGCAGCAACAUGGCAGAUCUACGGCAAAGAGUGAGUGAUGUUUUAGUGCAAUUUAGUCACUUACUUUCUGUACAAGAACAAGAUGUUUUUAGGCUUAAAUGAAAGAAGCAUUGUUAGGCUGGAGUACUGGGAGUACCGAGAAACCACUAAAAGCAAAGUCAUCAGGCAAGCUAAUGCCAAUACGAGCUGACAAUCAGAUGAACUGAUCAGAUCUCUAGGCACAUGCAUGCAGCGAGCACCAAGUGUGGCAAAACACUUGUAAGCAAGUUAUAAUAGUUAUAUUAACAUUAAAAUAUAUAGUCAUAUUAAUUAUUGGUUUCAGUUUUACCUGUGAUUGUUUGAAAACAAGUUGCAAGAUUUUUCAGCCAGUCACAAUGUGUGGAAAUGCAAACAUUAACAGGAGAUUGCUUUCAUGUACAAGUUAGACUGUUUUUUGACAUAUUAUUUAUUUGAUGGAUGUGUGAACUAUAGGUAGCACCCCUCACAUUUUGUGCUUCACACUUGCUUCACGUUACCCUGUUCUGACCAGUGUGCACUGUGAAAAUAGAACAGAUGCUGACUUGUCUCCCGUUGUCUCUCAGUCUCCUAUUAAUAUUCACAAGAGAAGCGCAGUCAAGGGGACUCAUCACCCCUUCACAUCAUGGUUUGGGUGCGUAUAGUAAGCUCACAAAUUUACUGACGGCGGCUGCCGGUGGCGCCUUUGUAUGCUGAUUUCCGAGCACUGUUCACAUGUUAAUGUAUUAAAUAUUGUAAAAAGGGCACAUCUGUUGUCCUCUCAUCCAUGACUCCUUCCUACCCUUUUUCUCUCUUUGGUCUGGUCGUGCUUCUUACAUUAUUUUAUUUAUUUAUUUUAUUUUAUUAUUUUGGCACACGGAAUAAAUUACAAGAAGGAUAAAAAAAGAUAAUAAAUAGUUUAAUUAAUGUUAAAUUUAAAAUGAGCAUACAACUUGGAAGGGGUGACUGUGGCGGGGAAAUCUCCGAGAAGCCGAGCUUAUGAGGAAUAGAGAUUUCCCCCACGGGCAAUUUAAAUAUUAGGCGGCAUUUAAAAAUAAAGAAAAAAGACGUGUAUUCCAUGCCUUGUGUGCGAUUCCCGCAUGUAAAUAGAUAAGAGAUGACUGGGGACAAGUCAGGAGUAGUCCUGAAUAGUUAAACUUACCAUCACUUUUCUUUCCAGUUGUAUUGCAAGCAUCUUUACCCAACUUCCAUUACAACUGAACAGUUCAUUAUCAAGUCAGGGGACUGUACCUGCAGUUAAUGGUGCUACCAGGGUACAAAGUGCUGAAGCUAACUGUCUGUCGCUUUGCAGUCUGGCCCAGCAGCAUUCAAAUAAAGUAAGAAACUUGAAAAAUCAGUCAGUAUUAUUGUUAAAAAAAAAAAUGAAGUCCUUCCAAGGAUCGUGCCUCUCCAUUUUGGGCAUUUUAAUCGUUUCCUUUUUUAUCAUGUACCCUAAAUCCUCUAUUAAGCCCCCCUCUCAAAUAAGCCCCCUCCCUCUAAAAAAUCCUCCGUUUUCAGGGGAAGAAAGUUAAUAAGCCCCCUUCCCCGCCCUUAAUUAUUCUUCACUAAUAAAUGAGAGACUGGAAGUUCAGAUUUGAUUCUGAUCCUCGGCUGCGUGACCUCCAACCUUCCUGUACUUUAGCUUUUUCACUUUGUAUUCUAGUUCUUUAUGGAGAACUGAUACCAUCGUCUUUUCUAAGUUAAAUAAGCCCCCCCUCUCAAAUAAGCCCCUCGUCUCUAUUAAGCCCCCCCCCCCCUCCCAGAUGGGCUUGAAAUAAAUAACGGGGGGGCUUAAUAGAGGAUUUACGGUAUGUAAAUUUCAGUUACUUUGACCUCGCUCAAGAAAGUAUGGAAUAAGCCUAUACUUCAACUGGUGAAAUCCCUACCCUUUGUUUCAUACACCUGAAGCAUAAAAAGGUACUUUUCGGGCUUAGCCUCCCCGUAUAGACCGCCAUAAUACGGAUUAAGAACUAAGAUAUUUUUUGCCAUCGCCAGCGAAAUGCCUAGCAGUUUUUCUCCGUUCGUUUUUCACAGUGCUUAUUCCUUUUUCUCUAGGGUAUGUUCCAAGAGGCUUCAGACAUCCUAACAUUUUGCAAAACAAAGUUUCCUGAACCCUCCAAGCUAUCUAAGGUGGGUAACGUACAUGCUCUUAUAACAUACAUCAUAUUACUUGGCUUUGGCUACCGGUCGUGCUUUACAUUUUGAUAAAACACCUCUUCUCUGGUGUUCGUUGUAGCUGUGGAUGGCAACAGAAGCCAUGAUUGAUCACAGCAGGGCGUUACUGCAAGGGAAAAUGGAUGAAGCAAAGACAUGCGUGGAGCGGUUAGCAGCGGUGGAUCAACCGGAAGCAGAAUACAGGUUAACAGUUUAUGUCGAAGUAGUGACUGUACAGUUACUUUGGUUGUUUGCCAUUUACUUGGACAAACCGAUCGGGUCACCGUUUGAACAAAUGGUAAGCAAAAUUCAGGACUGGUAAUUGCUUCCCAGAAUCGCGUUUACCAUUUGCACAAAUGAGUUCCAUUUACCGAAAAACCGCCUCGAAGGCCUGAAACUUUUAUCAAAUAUGGAUUUGAAGAAAUGGAGCACAAAUUUUCCGUUUGGAACAUUCCAACCGGAUUUUCCGGAAACUUUUUGUAAGUGGUAAACAACCUUUUUUCGGCCUUAUUGAGGAUUAUUUCGUUCACCAAAUUGAUUGUUAUGAAAUGGAAAUGAAUUUGUAAAGGUCAUCAAAUAUGUAAACCAAUUCAAUUUCUUACUUUCAAGAGCGCUCGCGUAAUGAUAAUGCCAUGUUUCUACUGACAACUGUCCCGCGUAUUCAGCCGCAUCUCAUCACUCCAAGCCACUGGCGACGGCGGGAUACGUUGACAGACGGCAGUAUUAGAAUGGCGUGAGAAGCGACCCGCGCGAGAUGGCGUGAACGGGUGGUGAAGCCCCUCGUUCUCGGGUCUGCUAUCGCGUGGCGUUCGCGCGUGUCUUCUCAUGAUAUCGAUAUGGAGAGCUUUCUCGCAGACUACGUUAUUUACAGGCUGAUGAACAACUUAAGCGAUUUGUUUGAGUUUUCAUUGUGAAUAUAAUUGGUCUCUAAAAUUGAGAUAUUCUGGGAUGACAGACUAAUUUUCUAUCUUUUUAAAACAUCAUUUCUGUUUAGGUUAGCUUUAAACAUGCUUCAUACAGGAGAUUACACUGCUGCGUUUCCUCUGUUGCAGAAACUGCUUGACAGCGCCAGGUAAUUUCAUGCAAUAUUUCCCUCUCAGAAUCCAAGUACAUCUAUCUACCCCCCUGUGCACGUUGUUUUCAGACCGCUGGCAGUUCUCUCAUUCCCAUACAAUCUCGAUCUCUCUCUAAAGAACAUUGAGUUCUCUCUCUUUCGAGUCCGCAUUAAGGAGAGCUGACUGAUUAUCGAUCUCAUUUGUUUUCUUGUUUUUCGUAUCCUUGUAUCUAAUCCAGAGACCGAGUGUUCAUAAAUGAUGGCAAGAAAUCGGCUGUUGAGUAUCAAACCAGGUAAUGGGUUAAUUAUCUUCAGUUAUUUCAUCUUUGACACGGAGCCUUGCUCCGCGUAUUUUAAAACAGAGAUCGAAACUGGACGAAACAUGAAACAAGAUAAUGGGAUAACUUGUUAGGGAAGAACUCUGCCCUCUGUAGAGACCCCUUUGUGUCGUGUGGAGGCUGGGGACAAGGGAGAGAAUUCGAAUUUAUUUCAAUACAUGAUAGAGAUGUGGAGGGGGGGCGUUUAUGAUCGGAUGUAUUUUUUGUUAAUAAGGGAAUGUUCAACAAAAAAUAAUGAACAAAAGUGCCGUCCUGUGGGGAAUAGACUGCGAGCAGCCUCUUAUUUUUCUUUGCAAAGUUACUGCACCAAAAAACCCAAGCCGCGAUAAACGAGGGCGUAAGCCCGAGAAGAAAAAAUAAGAGACUGCUGACUAAUCCCUCAUUGUAACGUAAUGUCGUCGUUUGCAAUCGCGCUGGCUGAGAUAAGAACUAGACGGAUUUUAAGAGAAAAGGCGGACUGCAAGCAGUCUAUGUGGGGAACGUUUGCGGUCUGGUCCUUCAUCAGUGGAGUUACAAGUUUUUUUUUGUUUACAAGUAAAUGGGCCUAUAACUGAAGAGGCAUAUAAGUGGGGUUGUGGUGGGGGAGCUUACAAGCCGCGGUUUACGGUAGCAGUGGGAACCCUCCGGAGUAGAGAGGUAGAUUUUAAAUAUACUUCUCGAUUACUUGAUCAUUGUACCAGGCUUUCUUCUGAGUUAAUGAUACUCACUAAUGUAUCUGGCUGAAAAGAAAAAUUGAGGCGUAAAUUAGGAAAGGAAGCAUUAGAACGCCGACAAAGGCUCAACUUAUCUCAGUUCUGACUUCUUUUGAAAUCCAGAUGUGUAACUCGAUUUGGUCACGCCCGCCGUGCGUUAAAGUAUGAUCAAGUUUAUUAAGUUUAUAAUGUCUAAAGCUUCUCUCUUUCGUAUCAACAGAAUUCUCGCAGCUCUCGCGCAGCUGUUCAUAUUACUAGAAGACCCCGUGGCAGCGCUUCCGUACGCCUUGAACUGUUUAACCAUCUCGCGGUCACACUUCCUGGACAAUUCUGUUGCCCUAGCUACACUUUAUAUCGCACAAAUUCAGGUAUUAUUCUGAGCUGUGGCUACUUUGAGUCUUUUAACACUCAAAGUAACCAACUCUUAAAAGAAUUGUUUAAUACUUUAGACAAAAUACUGCUGUAUAUGUGACCAGGUCAUUCCGAGAUCAGGGACCUUAACGAAACUACGACGGCGACGGCGACGGCAACAGGAACGUCAAAAAGGAUGUAUGUUUAAUAAGCAAAACAACAACUAUGCACGUGCAGCACACUUUUUUGUAAAAUUUCUUUGCCUUCCUGCACACCUACGAAGCGAAAUGACCGCAUUUUCACUCCCCCCGUAAGGGAAUCCAAGACAGUCUUGGAUUCUGAUUCCACGCCGUGGAUUUCCGAUUCCAGCUAGUAAAUCAGCAUUCUUUGUCAAUGGAACUUCAAUUACGGAUCGUUAGUGAGAUUCCGGAUUCCUUGAGCUGUAUUUCGGAUUCCAGAGUCCGGGAUUUUGGAUUCCACAGCAAAGAAUUCUCCGAUUUUCCUCCUUUUGAAUAGCUUGGCGACUUGGGAUAACCGCAAAAAAGGUUGCACGGAUACGCGGUCUAGUUUUCAUUGGCGUCGCGUUUGUCCGAUCGUAAUGUCCCUACUCACCAUUAACUUUCCAUUAGACGUCAAAAAGCUCAUAGGAAACGACCGUGACAUUUUUACCUAAGACUAAAUGCAACUAUGUGACCAAUUCUUUCCGAGGUUCACCUACCAUUGGCGGGCAUAACCAUGGAAUCGUGAAAAAGUUCAAAGGAAGCGACCAUGACGGUUACCCCGAGAUAUUUGUCUCGUGUUUGUGAAUCCCAGGAUAAGACAGCCAAUCAGAAGAGUAGCUGUCAAAUUUCCCGCGUAAAUACGCACUGCACGCGACAAGUAGCGCGGGAAACAAACUUGAGUGUGACACUGUGACUGCUUUUACCUCUGCGUGUUAAAACACCGCGAGGGAAAUGCUGUCAGAAUUUACAGUGAAAAACCACGACUGAAUACCGUAUAGAAGAAACGUGAAAACUGUAAAUUCAUCUUAUAAUCGUGUCUAAACGGAAAAUUGAUGUGGUAAAUGAUACAGUGAUGUGCCAGUCUGUCGCAUUUUUUUUUGUUACAGUCCUUUUCUGGACAAGAAAGUAAACUAGCCCUAAUUUUCCUGUUCGACGUUCGCCCUUUUUGAAGUCGGAUUAAGAAGGGGUGAAUUAAAACAACAGCAAAACAAAACAGGAGGAACCCAUCGCUUCUGUUUAUUUUUAGGGUUUGUUCGUCCAAAAAAGGGACUAAAAAUGGUGUUUUGUAAAACCAGUUCGCCUUGUUCACUUAUUAUCAUUACUCGUAUUUCAGUUGCAUUUUAAAAACGAGAAUAAUGUUGUUUUUAAGCUUUCUUUAGGGUUACCUACAAAAGCCGCCGUCUUGGUGAAGAAAACCAUGGUGCAGAUACUGUCACAUGGUGAGUUUUUCGCUUGUGACCCGAAACGCUUUGGCCGCGCGGAAUAAUGAGGUCUUGGGAUUAGGCAAGUUUUAAGCUAGUUGUAAUUGCGAAUUAGAAGAACGAUUGACAGGCAAGGUCAGUGGGGAAGUGCUUUCACUGGAUAAUAGCAACGUUUUUGAGCUACGAACGUCAACCGGAAGUGAGCUUGUUUUCUCUUUUAUAAUGCCUUGACGCCACCAAAUUUGUAUGGCUAAGUGUCUUUACCCUUAUGGAGACGAUUUGCCUAAAACUUUGUUCAAAAUCACCGCUCAAGAGGGCAAAAAAGUCCACUUCUGGUUGACGUGCGUCGCUCAAAAACGUCGCUGCUUAAACUGCCUAAUCACUCACAGAUCACUCACGUGACUUAGCCAGGUCCAACAUGGAUACUAGUCCCCAGCAGAGAGAAAGCCCUUAAAAAGAAAUUCUGCAGGGACCGCUAAAGUGGUGUCGAGAACAGAGAAAAGUUCAAAGAGAGACGCCUUUAGCAUGUUUUAGCAUGAGGUCUUUCUUUAUGAUGUCAAUGCACUAAAAAGCAUGAAUGCAAAAGAUUUGCCCCUGUAUGCUAGUCUGCUUGGAUUAUGUUACUGAUUUUUGGCCGCUAUUUUCUGCUUUUUUCAGGUUCAUUCUAUGUGCAGUGCUGUGCUCGCUUUUUAUUAGUCAAGUGUCAGCUGACUGCUUCAUCGCAACAAGAGGAUAAAACCAGAAGGGACAAUGGUAAUUCGUGUUAUUUGCAAUAGCAAUCUGUUUGAGGUGACGCUGUCGCUCUUUCUAUUGGCUAUUUCCGGGUUGCGCUGGAAAUUGGGUCAGAACCAUCCAAAAAUAAUUCCCAUAGUGCAAUUCGAUACAGUUCCUACCCAGGAUCUAUCACUUCUUCCAAAAUGACCAGGGCCCAGUUGUUCGAAGGCUGAUUCGCGCUAAUCCAGGGUUAAAUUUUAACCCGGGGUCUCUUUUACUUUUCAUCAAAAGCAUUUUCUGGGGCAAUUUUCUCUAUUCUUUUUAGAGUAACCAAUCAUCAAAUUGUUGACAAAAAGAAUUAAACUGAAUUUGCUGUUUAAGCGUUCAUAUCUGAAUUCAAAUUUCGAACUAACCCUGGGUUAUCUUAACCCAGCUUUGAACAACUCGGCCCAGUAGGGUACACAUUGGCCUCCUUGUAAUUUUCAUCUUAAGUUUACUCUAAUUUUAUUUAGCUAAAUUUUAAGUUACUUUCCUUAAUCAGGGGCGGAUCCAGGAUUUUUUUUAGGAGGGGGUGCUCUCGUCUCUUGCUCUACUUCAACACCAAUAAACCACAUGGUUUUUUUUUUUGCAGAAUACCAGUUGUAUUAGAAAACUGCAGGUCAUCUCAGGGGGGGUUGCGCACCCCCUGCACCCUCCCUCUAUCCGCCCCUGUUAAUAGUCCCAUCCACUUUUUUUUUCGACUUUUGACAUGGACAAGUUAGGGAAAAUCCGUCGACACCAUUGGAAAAAGCGCCUUAAAAUUAGUGCAAUUUUCAAGUUUAAAAGUGAUACGUCUUAAGCGAGCGAAGAUAUAUACAUAACUCCGCAAUGUUGCUAAAAUUUACAGACGUUUCUUCCGUACCUCCAUCAUACAAACGUCUGUAGAAUAUCGCGACUUUGAGAAGCUAUAUUUUCGUUAGUUUUCGACAAAUCCUUUUCAAACUUGGCAGUUAUACUCGGAUUUAAAGACGUUCUUUAUAGCGGAUUUUAUUUGACAAAUUUUCCCUAGCUUGACCUUGUCAAAAGUUGAAAAACAAAAAAACAUAUGGAGGGCUAACGUGAGAAAACAGCCGACAUUUGGAGACGUUGCCACUCGUUUCCCGCCAAAUGACGUCUUAGAAACGAGUGCAGUAAUUCCAUACUGAUGUCGCGUCACUACCCAGAUCUGGGUAGUGCUUCUGAUUGGUCGUGCCGCGUGGGAAAUUUGAUUCAACCAAUCAGAAGCACUACCCCAGAUCUGGGUAUUGACGCGUCAUCAUUAUGGUAUCAGUUUCUGCGCUCGUUUCUCAGACGUCACUUGGCGGGGAAACCAGUGGUAGCGUCGCCAAAUGUCGACUUCUUUCUCAGGCUACUGGAAGGCCGGUCUAUUAGCCGUUAUGUUGAUUGCCGAACCUUGUGUUCGGUGCUGAGAAUGGACACAAGAUUCCACCUCGUUCCCAAGGUUCUUUCCUACUCUAAUCACCGACAAUAUCAUAAAAGCGCGUUCACCUUUGACACUUUUGGUUACGUAAGUCUUACUUGUCUUGAUUUUUUCCAGAUCUACGAUCUGCUCUUCCUGCCUUGGACAGAAUUGUGAAAGGAUUUAGAAAGUUGGGUGCAGUCUACAAAACAAGAGACGUCUUGUACUAUCAGGUGCCAUAA